CUUGACCGUCCUUUUUUUUACUAUGGUAUUUAUCGGUUUUCGAUUAGUCCCGGUUUUCAGAUUGACGAGAACAUUCGCAACCUAUUCAGUAGCUAUGACUUCUAACAGAGGAUUAGUUUUGGGUAUUUAUGAGCCUACUUCCGAAAAUGAAAUUCCUUUAACUGAUGCAGCAAAGGAAGUAAACGAUAAAACUUCUUCGAAAUUGCUUAACCUGGUUAAACAAUCUAAUUUGGCCUCUAAGAAAGGAAAAAGCCGUGUUUUCUAUGGCCUCCAUGAAAAUUAUCCAGCAAUUGCUGUUGUUUCAUUGGGAAAAAAGGGAGCUGGCUACAAUCCUCUCGAAGAAGUUGACGAGAGCAAGGAGAACAUUAGAGCAGCCAUUGCUACAGGUGUUCGAUCUCUAAACGAAGCCGGUUUCAACGACAUUCAAGUUGAUCCGUGCUCGAAUGCUCAAGCCGCUGCUGAAGCAGCUACUCUUUGCACAUAUGUUUACGAUGAAUUGAAAGCGGAGAAGAAGCCUGCUCCAAAAGUAAGAUGCUACCUUGAAAACAGCUGUAGUCAUUGGAAGAGAGGUACCGUUUUGGCUGAAGCUCAAAACUUUGCUCGUCGCUUGAUGGAAACUCCGGCAAAUGUAAUGACCCCAACCAGAAUAGGAGAAUUGGUAAAAGAACACAUCGGAAAAUUGAAGAAUGUUAAAGUACAAGUUCACGAUCGGGAAUGGGCUGAAAGUCAUAAAAUGGGAAGUUACUUGAGCGUUACCAAUGGAUCAGUUGAACCUCCAAAAUUCGUCGAAAUUGAAUACAAAGGCGGUAAUGAGGGAGAUCAAUGCAUUGCACUUGUCGGAAAGGGUAUUACUUUUGAUGCCGGUGGUAUUUCCUUGAAACCUCCUGCGAACAUGGACGCCAUGAGAGCUGAUAUGGGAGGUGCAGCAUGCGUUUUGGCAAGCGCAUAUGCAGCUGCUAGAUUAGAAAUCCCUAUAAACUUGAGAGUUUUCACUCCCUGUUGUGAAAACUUGCCUUCGGGAUCUGCAACCAAACCUGGUGAUGUUGUAACAGCUAUGAAUGGUAAAACUAUUCAAGUUGAUAAUACAGAUGCCGAAGGGCGUCUUGUCCUUGCUGAUGCCCUAUGUUAUGCUCAGACCUUUAAACCAAAGGCAAUUAUCGAUAUGGCUACUUUAACUGGCGCGAUGAUGGUUGCUUUGGGUGCUGGGGCUGCAGGUGUGUUUACAAAUUCUGAUAAACUAUGGACCAGAAUGCAUGAGGCUGGGAAAUCAACGGGAGAUAGAGUUUGGCGUAUGCCAUUAUUCAAUCUCUACAAAAAGCAAAUAAAUGACUGCCAAUUAGCUGACAUAAACAAUAUUGGAUCAGCUGGCCGUAACGCUGGUUCAUGCACGGCAGCUGCAUUUUUGAAGGCGGGUAAACAAACGGGAGACCGCGUCUGGAGAAUGCCGUUGUGGAAAUGUUAUACAGAAACAAUGAGAGACAGUCAAUUGGCUGACUUAUUGAACAGCACUAUCUCAACUGGUGUUAAAGGUGGUGGCUCUUGUUUAGCUGCCGCUUUCCUUAAGGAAUUCGUUGAGCAUGAUCAAUGGAUGCAUAUGGAUAUUGCUGGUGUCAUGUCUAACAAAGGCGAAGUUUCGUAUUUAACUAAAGGAAUGGCCGGUAGACCAACGAGAACCGUUGUUGAAUUUCUUCAAGCUGUUGCUGAUGGCAAAUAA